ACAAUCCGUAUUGAAGUCUCAUUCCUCCUCAGUCCUCCGUCUUCACACACUUUCACACUCAAACACACACUACCCAAAUUCAAAAUCCCCAAUCAUUCAGUCAAGUUUCUUCAAACUCCAUAUAUAAUUCCCACUAAUUCCCCAAUUCCAACAGGGGAUUUCUCGUUUCACCCUUAAAUCCAUCAAAUCCAACCGAUUUCGUACCCAGAUCUAAUCGAAGAAUGGGGAAAGGAGGAGCCUUGAGCGAAGGUGUAUUGAGGAAAAUCAUACUCUCCUACACAUACGUCGCGAUUUGGAUCUUCUUAAGCUUCACUGUAAUCGUCUACAACAAAUACAUCUUGGAUCGAAAGAUGUACAAUUGGCCUUACCCGAUCUCACUAACCAUGAUUCACAUGGGGUUUUGUUCUUCAUUAGCUUACGUUCUCGUCAAUGUCCUCAAAGUCGUCGAACCAGUUCAAAUGAGUCGCGAUGUUUAUCUGAAAUCCGUCGUCCCAAUCGGUUUGCUUUACUCUCUUAGCUUAUGGCUCUCCAAUUCCGCUUACAUUUAUCUCUCUGUGUCCUUUAUUCAAAUGCUUAAAGCCCUAAUGCCUGUCGCCGUUUAUUCAAUCGGCGUUUUACUCAAAAAAGAGAGUUUCAAAGGCCAAACCAUGAGCAACAUGCUUUCGAUCUCAUUCGGCGUUGCGAUUGCUGCUUAUGGUGAAGCCCAAUUCAAUACAUGGGGUGUUACGUUACAGUUAGGCGCUGUUUGUUUCGAAGCUACUCGAUUAGUUCUGAUCCAAAUCCUAUUAACCUCAAAAGGAAUCACAUUCAAUCCAAUCACCUCCCUCUACUACGUCGCCCCUUGUUGUUUAGCUUUCUUAUCAAUUCCAUGGAUGAUUGUCGAGUUCCCUAAACUAAGAGACACAUCAAGUUUCCAUUUUGAUUACUUAAUCUUCGGGACAAACUCCGUGUGUGCUUUUGCAUUGAAUCUUGCUGUGUUCUUACUUGUCGGCAAGACUUCAGCUUUAACCAUGAAUGUUGCUGGGGUUGUUAAAGAUUGGUUGUUGAUUGCAUUUUCAUGGUCUGUGAUUAAGGAUACUGUGACACCCAUCAAUCUUUUUGGUUACGUGAUUGCUUUCAUGGGUGUUGCUUAUUACAAUCACGCAAAGUUGCAGGCUCUUAAAGCUAAGGAAUCAGAGAAGAAAGCAUCACAGCCUGAUGAUGAAUCUGGGAAGUUAUUGGAGGACAGAGAAACUGAAAAAUCAACCAGGAAAAAUGAGUCUGAUAAUUGAUAUCAAAGGAGUAGAGAGAGUUAUUUAGGUACUUAUUUAUAAUUUAUCUCGUUUUUAUGUUUGUGUUUUGUUUUGUCCCUUCAUAUUCUUGGGCUUUUGAGUUCAAGAAACUAAGAAAAGACUUGAAUCUUUUGAUAUGUGAGUGAUACAUAUUUAUGAAUCAUGUUUCUUUUCUGUAUUAA